UCUUAUGUUAACACUUUCAUCUUCUUUAAACUCUCUCUCAUUCUCUCUCUCUCUCUCUCUCAAUUACAAAGUUUGGAUUGAUCAACCUUGAUAAUGGAGAGAAUACUUGCCCCGCCAUGGCUGGAGGCAUUAUUAUCGACGGCGUUCUUCUCCGUCUGCGGUGCACACCGCGACGCCCCGCGCAGCGAAUGCAACAUGUAUUGCCUCGACUGCCACGGCGGCGCCUUCUGCUUCUACUGCCGAUCUUCCCGUCACAAGGAUCACCUCGUUAUUCAAAUCAGAAGGUCGUCGUACCAUGAUGUGGUAAGGGUAGCGGAAAUUCAGAAGGCAUUGGACAUAAGUGAAGUUCAGACAUAUGUAAUAAACAGUGCAAGAGUUUUAUUUCUGAAUGAGAGGCCUCAGCCUAGAACUGCCGUCAAAGGGGGUCCUCAUGUUUGUGAGAUUUGUGGAAGAAGUCUCUUGGACCCUUUUCGUUAUUGUUCUCUGGGAUGCAAGCUUGUAGGAAUAAAGAAAAACGGGGAUGCCAACUUUAUCUUGAGCGCAAAGAAUGAGAAAGGAGUAGUGGGAAGUAGGGAAGGAAUUAUGGCAAGAAGAAUAUUGUCAUCAAAACAACAAGAAUUAGAAGAAGACGAAGAAGAUGAGGAAUUGCGUGAAGGAAUAAUAAAACAAGCUGAUCAUGGCAAGGAAAUGUACCAAAGCACGUUUCGUCCACCUCAUUCCACUUCAUCAAGGAGAAGAAAGGGAAUUCCUCAUAGGGCACCUUUAGGGCCCUAAUCUAAUUAUGUUUAUUUGUACAGCUCAUUAUUUGUUUAUUAUUCCUCCACACAAUGCCAUAAUUGCCAUGUGACAUGUGGGUACAAUUUGUGUCCUAAACAUGGGUUAGCUAUCCUUAUUUAAUAGGGUACCUAUAUAAAAAAUAAUUUAUUUCGGAUCCGUUUAGUUCGCUGAUUCAAAUUUAUA